AUGAUGUUCCCUGUGCAACUUUCCAUAUUCAGCUUCAUUUUGUACUCCUGGCAACAUCCCGAAAACGCGAAUGAAUCCGGCACAUCAUGGAACCAUACGGCGAAGCAAAAUGACACUCUCGGUAUCAGGAUGCGUAGAUUACUAACGGUUGAAUUGGAUAUGCAAGCACCACCACAACCAAAUAAUACAUUACUGCUCACUCCUGGUAAGGGUCAUGAUAAAAAACUCGCAUCCGGGCAAAAGCCAGGAAAGUCUGGUAAACCAACAACGAAUGUUGCAUCAGAAGGAUCGUUACCGCAGUCACCACAGCAUAAUGUACAAAGUGAAAAGAAAGAAAAGAAGCCAAAAGGAACUGAAGUGACGGGUGCAACGGAUAAGCAAACACCAGAACAGAAUAAAGGUCCCGUUAGUCCUAGUGGAGGGCCAGUGAAAACAACUGCGACGGGUGCAGAUUCCGGAAAACCAGAUGCGAAGGUUGGGACAGAGGGGAUAUUAGUAGCUUCAGAAAAGAAGGCACACAUUAAAGAAACGACCGAGGAAUAA